AUGAUCAGUGCUCUAUGGAAAUACACCAAGAUUUCCAGGCUUGGAGAAUACUCAUUUGAGCGCGUGGAAUCUCUCGAGAGUUAUUGCCAACACACAUCGGUUGCACAAGUGGUGUUCGUCAUUAUGGUAAUUCCAGUUCCCUCUCUUUUAUUGAGUCUCUUGGUCGAAUGCAUUCCUCUUCAAGACCCGGCAGGUGGGUGGGAGAUUAAUGUUGGGGCGUACCUAAGAUUUUGUUGCAUUGUUUCGUCUGGGGCGUUAGGGUCCAUCGUGCAGCUUCGAACGGUGAUUCAAAUCUCUGACUUGGCGACG